AUGGGCUCAUGCCAGAGCAAUGAGAACUCAGAAGGUAAUGCCAGAAACAAGGAGAUUGAGAAACAGCUAAAUGCCGAUAAGCGAGCCGGUAGUAGUAUUGUCAAACUUCUUCUACUGGGAGCCGGAGAAUGUGGAAAGUCUACUGUACUCAAACAGAUGCAAAUCCUGCAUAGCAACGGAUUCACGGAAGAAGAGGUUAAUGAAAAGAGAGCGAUUGUUUACAAUAAUACAGUAUCUGCAAUGUGUACUAUAUUACGAGCCAUGGAUGGUGUUCUUCAUCUACCGUUGGAAAAUGGACAGAAGGAAGCAGAGAAGGCAAUUGUGAUGAAAGUACAAGAGAAUGGAGAGGAAGGAGAGGCUCUGACAGAAGAAGUUUCGCGGGCAAUUCAAUCAUUAUGGGCAGAUCCAGGAGUGAAAAAGGCAUUCGAAAUGCGCAGUGAAUACCAAUUACCGGAUUCAGCAAAAUAUUUCCUUGACAACUGUCAACGCAUUUCGGAACCUGGAUACCGACCGAACGAUCAGGAUAUUCUCUACUCUCGAGUGGCCACUACUGGUGUCGUAGAAGUGAAAUUCAAAAUUAAGGAACUCGACUUCCGUGUGUUCGAUGUCGGAGGUCAAAGAUCUGAAAGAAGAAAGUGGAUCCAUUGUUUCGAUAACGUCGAAUCGAUUAUCUUCAUCACUGCCAUUUCAGAAUACGAUCAAGUUCUUUUCGAAGAUGAAACAACUAACCGAAUGAUAGAAUCAAUGCAGCUUUUCAACUCUAUUUGCAAUUCAACUUGGUUCCUUUCAACCGCCAUGAUUCUUUUCAUGAAUAAGAAAGAUUUAUUCAUGGAAAAAAUCCAACGGGUCAACAUUACGACUGCAUUCCCAGAUUACGAGGGAGGUCAGAACUAUGAGGAAGCCGUCGCUUUCAUUAAACAAAAAUUCGCUGAGCUCAAUUUGAAUCCAGAUAAAAAGACGAUUUACAUGCAUGAAACAUGCGCUACAGAUACCAAUCAGGUACAACUUGUCAUUUCAAGUGUCAUUGAUACUAUAAUUCAAAAGAAUUUACAAAAGGCUGGAAUGAUGUAA